AUGGCAACCAGCCUCAUCGUUAUUGGCCCUUUGCCACUAGUGACCUCUAUAACUGGAUUUAAAAACUCCCCCACCAUUUUUGACGAAGCUUUGCAUGAAGACUUGGGCUGGACAGAGACUUUCCCCACCAAGCACGAAACGGCACAGACUGUGGCCAAAAAGCUUUUAGAAGACAUCCUACCAAGGUAUGGUUUUCCUGUUAUGUUAGGAUCAGACAAUAGACCUGCUUUUGUCUCUAAGGGCAUGAACUCCAGGGCGGGUUCAGGUGCACCCGGGGGUGGAGGAGGGGUGGGGAAGGCCGGGAGGAGGUGGGCGGGACCGGAGGCUCGGGUCCCGGAGGGCUCGGGGGUGGGCAGGGGGCGGGGCGCUGCUGCAAGAAAUGCUCGCGGGGGUGGGGGUGGGGGGGAGACGCGGGUUGCCAGGCUGGUCCGGCUCCACAAGGCGGGUGAGGUCGGUCACCGCUGUCGCACCUGGGGUCGUCGGUGUCUUGAUGGUGACAGCUCAUUCUGUGAGUGUGCGGGGCGGUAUUCAGGCAAGCCAUGCCAGUGUCCAAGGUGUGAAAACAGUCCUUGUGGAAACAGGGCCACCUGUGUCCCCAAAUCCGGAGCAGACAUCCUCUGCCUCUGCCCCAAUGGGAAGGCUGGAGCCCGGUGGACGGAAAGUAAGGAGAGGGAGGCCGGGAGUCACCCAGAGCAUGAAGGACAGCCUGACAGGCACAUACAUCAAACCUUCUGCUCAGUGCUUUCCAAGUUCUUGAGACAAGAUCCAUUCAUGAGACUGAUGGCUGAGCAGGUGUUCCCCACACCUUGCAGAGUGCCAGACCCAAGUAAAGGCAACAGAUUUAAAGAUGCCAGGAAGGGAAUUCAUUCAGGGGUGAUUGUGGCAGAGAUGACUGGAGCCAAGGCAAACAUGGGAAUGAAAACGCUGCUGCUACCUCCCUGCAUGAGGACCUUUGCUGUCCACAUCUGCUCCUCAUUCCCACUGCCUGUUGCCAUUGCAGUGCAAGAAUACUGUCUUCUCUUCUUCACCAUAUCACUGUAAAGACAAAGAGGGAAUGUGUUCCCUUGUUUCUUGUCCUCUGGAUCCCUUCCAUAAAUACGUCAAGUAAUUCGCUUGGCCUCCUAAUGAGUUCUCAGUGGGACACAGCCGUGCAAAAAGCAGCAUGCGGGACCAACUUGUACCUCAGCGCAGGCUCUAGCAUCCCGCUGCCUGGGACAAGAUUUGAUUCCUCCUGACCAGCCCCAUGCGGUUUUGGACAAGUUAUUGGUGUCUCUGUUCCUCAGCCUCAGCGAGUCUAACAACAGAGCUACCUCUUAGAUGUCAUGAGAAUUAAGCACCAUAAUGCACUAAAUGCUUAACGUACCAUGGGACAUGAACAAAAUCCUUCUGUUUUGUAAGAGUCGUCCAGCUAAGAUUCUCUCCCACAAGGAACCUCUCUCUACCCCUUGUCAUUGUGGGAAAAAGGGCUGGAUGGCCCUCCUGGGGAGAAAGAAAACGCUUCAGGCUAUCAGUGGAAAUCAAAAUUAAUUUCCUUUAAAAAAUUUCUCUAAGUUGGUGACACUUUAUGCAGUGAUUAAAGACACACAGGGAAUUACAAAAUCAGGGAGGAAGGCCAUGUUGCAGGGACACUAGCCAUCACGGGCUAUUUGAGGACACGGUGCCUCUGAGAGCAGCUUAAUGUCAGGCUGGCAUUUUGCAACAGUGCAUUCCAGUUCGAGGAAUAUUCUGUCACCUAAGCUUGGAGCUCUCUGGAUGACAUCCGCUCCAACAAGACCUGGCUUCCUCUCUCCACCUCAGCAGCUCUUUGAUUGCCCUGCUGCUCAAAGUGCACCGUCCGGUGUCCCCCAUUUCCCAUCAUGUUUGGACCCCUAUUUUCCAGCUUCUGGUCACAAGAACUGUUGAAGCGUCAAACCCACGCCCAGAGGGGAGUUUGGAGGCCCAGGGCGAGGCUGAACAGGAACAUGCUCUGAGAGCGACUCCUCUGGCUCUGGGCUGAAGGCAGCUUGUGAGUGGUCUGCACUCUUUCUUCCUUAAGAACUGAGGAAAACUGCCCUUCCUUUUGCUCAGUGGGCAGGUGAGCACCUCCCACCUUUCGUUUUUUCUUCUUUUUUUUGGACCCAGGGAUCGAACUCGGGUCCUUGCGCUUGCGCAGCAGGCGGUGAAAUCACUGAGCUAAAUCCCCGGCCCUCGCAUUUUCUUCUUAUCUCAGCAUCUGUAAAGAGAAAAAGUUAGGUUGGCACAAAUUAAAAAGCAACACUUAAAAUAAAUACGUAUUCCAAUGUA